CUGGCCCAGUCCUGCCACUCACUUCUGUACAUUAGCUGAAUCUGACUCUUGUGAUAUCACCAACGCCAUGUCGCAACACAUCCGGAGCCGUCCGGGGUCACGCCUGAAUGGGCGAAUACCCUUACUUGAAGAGGACUUCGUGGACGAGAGGCACAUGCAACAAUUCGAGGAGGCACUGAAGGUUGAUGAUACUGCAAUGUUGAGCGACUUUACGGAAGUACCGAACAGUCCAGUGAUUAGCCCUCAGCAACUAUCCUUGCCUCAUGGUCAGCGCGUCCGGAAGGUGUCCGCACUGUCAGACUUCGCGCCAGUCAACCUGAAAGUCCGAAGGCGCAAGCGACCACCAAAGACACCACACAUGGGCAAUGAGUGGCUUUAUCACAUAUUACGAUGGCCUCUCUUGGGCCUCAUUUUCUUGUUUAUUGCGUUUCAAUUUGGCGCAUAUAUCGCAAUCCGUCAAGUAGUGAACGCCAAGGAGUGGCUCUCGGCAUGGCGCGGGCGAAGAGGCGUACUGAGGAAACGCUUGCGUAACGCGCAGACCUACCAGGAAUGGAAAGAUGCUGCUUUAGCGUUGGACCAAUACAUGCACUUCGACGAAUGGAAGAUGGUUGAUGAGGACUUGUACUACGAUUGGAAACUUGUCCGGAAGGUUCGCAGGUCAUUGAAGGUCUUCCGUGAGAAGAAUGAUGCUCGCGGAGUGCUGGGUGUAUUGGAGACAUGCAUCCGGAAUAAUUUUGCUGGUGUGGAGUCUGCGAGGCUCUAUAGCGAGACCUUCUAUGGGACCAAAGUGCUGAUUGAAUGUGGGCAUUCCCUAUACAUGAUGGUUAUCAGAUCUCGUAACGUCCUAUUGGCAGCCUACAUCGAUGAAGUCGAGAAAGCACUCGAAUAUAUCCGGGAAACGCCGGACGUCUCGAACGAAGAGAAGAAGAGAUUCUUCAAGAGCGCCAAUACAAACCUGGGAACGUCGGCGUUGUGUCUUUCCGGCGGCGCAUCUUUUGGUUAUUAUCACUUCGGCGUAGUGAAAGCAUUCCUCGAUCAAGAUCUGUUGCCUCGUGUCAUCUCUGGGACCUCUGCUGGUGGCCUUGUUGCGGCACUCGUAUGCACUCGCACCGACGCAGAACUCAAGGAACUCCUUGUCCCUGAGCUUGCCAACCGCAUCACCGCAUGCGAAGAGCCGUUCAGCGUGUGGUUCAAGAGGUUCCGGCAAACUGGGGCCAGGUUCGACAGUGGAACUUGGGCCAGGAAGGCAUGCUUCUUCACGCGAGGCUCGAUGACAUUCCGAGAAGCUUACAUGCGGACCGGACGCAUCCUCAACGUUUCUGUGGUACCAGCGGAACGUCAUUCGCCGACGAAGUUGCUCAACUACAUCACCGCACCGGACACUGUGAUAUGGAGCGCACUACUCGCGUCUGCGGCGGUACCCGGCAUCAUGAAUCCUGUCGUUCUAAUGCAGAAGACCAAGGACGGCAGCAUCGUUCCCUGGAAUUGGGGUAGUAAGUUCAAGGACGGAUCUUUGAGGGUUGACAUUCCAGUGCAAGCGCUGAACCUCUACUUCAACGUUACGCACCCUAUUGUCUCACAGGUCAACCCUCACGUACACCUGUUCUUCUUUGCGCCUCAAGGCUCCGCGGGAAAACCUGUAGCACACAGCAAAGGGAAAGGAUGGAGGGGAAAUUUUCUUCUGUCCGCCGCGGAGCAAUGGCUCAAGUUGGAAUUAACGAAGAAUUUCAAGCUGAUCCGUGAUCUGGAUCUGCUUCCUCAGUUGUUAGGCCAAGACUGGUCCAGUGUGUUCCUGCAGAGAUUUGAAGGUUCCGUAACCAUCUGGCCUCGGACAAGGUUCAUGGAUUGGAUUCACAUCCUAAGCGACCCUGAUCCCCCGGAGCUAGAGAGGAUGAUGCGAAUAGGACAGCUCGUGACGUGGCCAAAGCUUCACAUGAUUGAAAAUCGGUACAGGCUGGAGAAGCAGAUAUUUAUUGGCAGGCAAAGCGUCCGCAAAGCACUACACAGCCGUGUCCACGAUCGUGCGGUCGCUAAGAUAGAGUCAAUGCCGCAGGAGCCCGUUCCCCAGCCGAACACGGGCACAAAGCUUCCCAGUAUUCCCGUUCCGCCGAUAUCAAGUGCAGCGCCGACAGAAGAGCCUUUGCCCAUGGACACGGAUGCCGAAGCGUUUAUGCUGAACGGAGACGGAGAGAGAAGGUCGCCUCCGUCUCCGCCGCAGAGGCGCCAUUCACAACACGACCUUCCUGAACCGGGCCCCAGUCGACUGCAUCCUCGGCGUAGAUAUAGCCGCAGCCAUCGAGAAUCCGUUCUCGGAAGUGAUUACGGGGGCGCAACGCCCGACCCGCCCCCUCACUCUGCCGAUGAGGAUCGCUAUCCCGUACAACACGAGAAGCAGAGCUCAAGCCACCUCCACGGCGGCAUCUUGCGCCAUCUAAGCAAGACGUCGUUGCGGGCCGCGUUCAACUCGCUCCGUCGGCCAGCACCUACGCCAUCGGCGCCGUCCAAGCGGGGCUCAGUAGACUUCGAGCAGGCUUGGUCAGAGGAUAGCUCUACAGAUGAUGAUGAUCUUUCUAUCCUGUCGAGGAGACGGAGCAGUCGAUACCCCUCUGCGUUCGAGCUACAGACGGCGCUGCAGCAGCAGCAGUCGACGGAUGAGGAUGAUGGAGGACAAGUUGACCAGGAUAGCUGAGCUGCCCGAGGUACUUUCACUCAUUUUGUACUAUCUGCAUCACUUAGUGUAAUUCGCUUCAACGCGCUUAUAUAUCUCGCUAUUGCGACAUAUACGUCC